AAAAAAUCGAAGAAAUGGAGAAAAAGUUGUUUCCCAUUUUAAGCAGUGGAAAGAAAUGUUUUCAAAUUCAUUUGUAAAUUUUUACUGUCAAAUGUAUUCCAAGUUGAAUGAAAAAACGCAAUUAUAUUUUUUCCCUUUUUUUGAAUGUCUUCACAAAUGCGUACUAAGAACGGUACUUAACAUCAAAAAUGGGAUCCUUCACUUUGUAAAAAAUGGGAACCUUCAGGAGGGACUUAUACGAAGAAUGAAUUGUUCGAACAAAUUCGUUCAUAGGAUAAAGUCCAGGCAUUUUAUUUACUUUUAUUUUCAUUGUUUCGUUAAUUAUGUUAAUACUUAUUACAGAAGUUAUAGGAAGGAACGAAAGAGAGGCUCUUUCGCCAGAGACGCAGGAGCGUGUCCCCCAGUUUACAUAGCCAAAGAGAUUGCCUUGAUCAACUCGAUGAGCAUGAGCAACCUCAAAUUGAACAGACUGUUUUGCUACUCUGUGUACUGCUUUUUGGAAAAUUUCUCUCACAAUGAUCUCUUCUACAGAUAUGAGCAUCUUCUAAACAUUAAAAAUAGGAUGGUCCUUAGGGGGAAUUUUGACCAGGUAGAUAUGGUGAAGUACCUCGAUUUUGUUACGGGCGAAGUUAUAAGGGGGAAGCUGGACUACUUUGCCGUCAUGCGCGAUUGUGUGUUUGGCUCGGUUGGCGGAAUUGGCGGCGGGUGUGGUGGGCGUGGCGCAGAUUCGCUGGCCGCUGCAAAGGCCGCACUUAGACCACUGCCCGCCGCGAGGAAACGCCUCCUCGCCCAGGAAGACCCAAAACUGGAGAAGCGGCAGUACCUGUUUGAGUCGUUUCUCAAGUGGAACUUGAGCUACCAGUACUUUGAAAGUUACCGCCACUUUGGAAGUUACCGCCACUUUGGAAGCUCCCAACACGUUGCAAAUUGUCAACUCCCUGCCGAAUGUGGGUCCACCGCCAAUUCGACAAGGAAGAAGUUGUGCCGCCUGUGGAUCCUUACGAACAAGUUCCUAAUGCAUGUAGAGAAGGUACUCUUCGAAAUGGCUCACCAUGGAAGGAAAUCCCCAGAGGAAGAAAAUGCUUUCAGUUACUACCUCUUUGUAUACCUAUUCACAUUCGACAACCUGUGCAACUUCAAAAGUGAUGCUGUGUACUUGAAAAUUAUUUUCCUGGUGGAAGCUCAGAAGUACGCAUUUAAAUGGGACAAGUAUUUCAAACAGAAUUGUAGAUUGAUGAAAUUUUUACAAAAGGCAAAAAGGACAGCUGAGUGGAACGAAUUGCAUACACUUGUUGGGGACACCCAAACAGGUAGCAACUUCUUCCACCAAAGUGAGAACUCCUCUUUGAACGACCUGAACAGAGUGAAGGAAAAAAUGAAAUGGUGGAGAAAAUCUGCUAGCCAAGAACAGAUAAUUGUUAUGACCCCCUCAAUUGAGUACUUCUCCAAUCGGUGGGUAAAAAACAUAUUCGAAAUUGUUAAUAAUAUUUACUUAAGUCAUUUUGUGAAAUCGGUGAAUCUGGGCAGGUAUUACUACUCCAUGUUGAAUCGCCCCGUCAGUGGUGGAGAAGAGGGUAGGAGAAUAAGUCCCUUGUGUAGCUUUCUUUUUGAUGGGGAAGAAGGAAAAAAAAACGUGGACGAUGAUGUAGAAAAUCUUCUUAUACAAAUAAAGUCCUUCUCGUAUGCUUUAAAAAUUUUACAAAAUGAUCAUCCCAAGGUUACACAUAUUGAGAAAUUAAUUAUGACCAGUUUGGCUACCAAAAAGGAAGUGAUACAUUUGGAUGUAUUUACGUUGAGGGAGAAACUCCAGCCGAUGGGGGGCUACCAGAAUGAAGAAGGCAGCGAACAGGAUGGACCCAGGGACCUCCCACGAAAUGGAGACAACUCGGAUGGAAAAGGAAACCAAUUGUUCUUUCACUAUCAGUUUAUCAUUUUUAACAUACACUUGAAGUACUUACAUAACGCAUUCGUUUAUUUUUUAAACACAUACAUGUGGUUGAAAUGGGAACAGCUGUACGACCAAGCGGAGGGUGCACAGAAGAAAACUGGGGAGGCGAACCGCCCAGGGGAAGGUUCCCACAGGAGGGUCAUAAGCGACACCGUAGAGCGCGUAAAAGGGGACAUAAAACGAAUGUACAAUUACCUGCACGGAAUGGAAAAAGGCAUAUUUGUGCAGGAAGAAAAAAUCGAGGUGCUGAGCUUGCUGAAGGAGAAGUAUGGGAGAUUGGAGUGGGCCCAGCAACAGGGACGGAAAGGCGAUGCGAAAGAUGCCUUAAGGAAUGCCCCCCCAAAUGGCACACCCAAGGGGGAAACCACCCCCUUCGAGCUGCAGGUGAUCUUCUCCAUCCUGGAGGAAUUGCUCAACGUGCUUUACAGUUUUAUAAUGAAUGUGUAUCUGGUGAGGGACAAAAGUUACGACUACACAAAGGAAGAUGUUAAUCGAGUCGAAUUUGGCCACAACGACGAUGAGACGAAUUAUUCACGUGGCUUUUUUAUCGAUAGGUGGGGAGCAUAUCAGGGGGAGUCCCAACCAAAUUACACGAAUGUGCAUCACCCAGGUUUGUCCCCCUCCUGGGAUAGUAACAACACGAUUAGGCCUACCGCCGAUGCUGAAAAGGGAACGCUUAUAAGGAGAAACCCUUACUCUGCUGCUACUCUCCAUGAAACGAAACGAAAUAGUGUAACUUACGAAGGGUACACCUUAUUUAAAGACAUUUACGUGAAUAAAUGCUUCGAUGAGACGAGUACAUUCGGGCUGUAUCCAUACGUGUGUUCGUCCUUGGUGAACAAAACGGUCAUAUUCGAUUCAGUUGUGAGCAUAUAUCAGGAGCUGAGAAGAAAGAAGGUUACUCUGUUUUAUUUAAACAUGAGCAAUGUAAUUUUUCGGAGCUUGAAAAGGAGUUAUCAGGACUAUGUGGAAAGGGCUGCACCUGACGCGAUGGUGCCGCCCAGCGCGGCGAUAUCAGCUGAUGCCUCUCCCGUAGAAACCUUUUGGACUAGCAAAAAAUUACUGAAUAGCAGAGGGCAAAGCAGCACGCGUUACUAUUUUGCGUUCCACGCAAUGACCAUACUUUUUAACAUCCUAAACAGUGAAGCGUUAAAAGGGGAGGAAGCAAAGAGGGACAGAUUGCUGCUGUACAUUCUUGAACUUUUCCACUUUGUCAUAGAUAGAAGAGGAAAAAAGGCAUCCCCCGAAAUGUUACUGAACUUGUUGGAGAUACACAAAUGUAUAAGCAGCUUGAGGGAUAAAGUUAGUCAUUUUGAAAAAAUCCAAAAGUACAUCUUUGCAAUUUUGUUUAUUCUGUUUAAAUUUAUUUUAAGAAAUUUGCAGAGCCACAAUGGAGGAGAUGAAAAGGGAUCAUCCCCAUUAAGCGGUAGCGAUGUGAUGCUUAGGUCACAUGAUUUUCCUUUUCAGGAUACCCUUCAGCAGAGGCAUCCCUCAACGGGUGAUUGUUUACAUGCAAAAUGUACCAUAGGGCACUCAGAAAAUUGCAUAAACGAAGGAACUUCUACAUGUGAGCACAUUGAAGGGAUAAAAGAUGAACCAAGUGAAAAUUCCGAACAGUUGUAUAGCUGGAUGUACCACCUCUUGGGGAAGACGAACAAGGAGGUGCAACAAAUGAUGUAUGUACUCUUUCCGGAUCAUCUCAUCGUAGCAAAAUUGACGGAGAAGUACCAAGAGGAAGAGUUCCUUUUCUCCCUGGGCUGCCUCUACAUUUCGCACUACUUUUUAAACGUUAUUUGUUCCCAAGUGAGGAAAGAAAUUAAGAACAUUUUCAAACAGAUGGAGGUGAAAGAAUACCUGAACAAGUCAGUUGCAUCGUUGAGCGAAGAAAUCUACAUGGGUGCCCAGCACAACAUGUAUACGGAGAAAGUGAACCCAUUUGGGCAGAUGUCCUAUGGAGAUUUCAUCAAAAUGAGGAGGAAGAAACAAUUGAAGGGACACAUAAAAAAGAUGCAGACGAAUCUGCCUCUACUACCGAAGCUUUUACAGAAUAUAAAGAAAGGAAAGAAAAAAAAAUUGGAAACUCUUUUAACUAGAUGUGAAAGGAACAACAACCCAUGUGCGUACUUUAUCACGGAGUACAUAAGUAAAAACAGCGUGAAGAAUAUGCACACAUUGUACUUAGAAUUAAAAAAUGAGCACAAGGAAUUUAUAAAAAAUUUGCUACCCCUGGAGAGUAUAGAAAAUAAUGUUCUGUUGGCUCUGAUCAAUUCGGACGAUUUUAUUAACCCAUCGAUUAUAAACACGUGCCUCAAUUUUGUGCACCACGUAAGGGAGAAGUACAGUUUGGUGUCAAAGUUUGCGCAGGCCAUUACUCAUUCCGUGAGUGUUCUCAUACAUGCAGUGCAUGGGGUGAAUUUCGCUAUACUGAGAAGUAAGCAAAGCGGAGAAAGUGGAAAAAUGGAGAGAAGGACAACAACCCCAUGGGGCAUUCUCCAACUUGACCGAAAAGGAAACAAGAGGAAAGAUUUAUACAGGUGUAUUAAAUUCCCUCUCAAUUUUAACAAAAUUUUAAAGCUAAAAAAAAAUUGCUAUGAAAACCAAAUUGACGACCUGGAGUACCUCCACUUCGUCACGAAGAUGUUAAAAAAACCGAAGAAUAUUUGCACACAGUUUGACGUGGCAUCCUUGCUCCCUCUGCUAAAACGGAUGUGUAGAAAAAUUGUUAUUUUUAAUGAGAAAGACGAGACGGACAAUAUGAACGAGUUCCUCAAAAUUGAUCAAUUCAAGAGUAGGACCGCCAAGGAAAUGCACCAAAGUUUGGUCGACCGAGAUUUUAUAGAGAAGAACAUCGAGAAGGAGUUGGACAGUGUGUUUUACUCGCAGGAAUACUUUUCGACCCAGGCGGGGGUCGCAUCGGUUGAAGGGGGUACCACGCGGGUUGUAAGCGAGGAGGAGGGCAGCAAAGGGGAGGGCAGCAAAGAGGGGGACUGCGAAGAGGAGGGCUACGAAGAGAAGGGCUGCGAACAGGAAGGCUGCGAAGAUGCGGAUCGGGAGCGUGGCCAACGCGAUGCCAACGCCAAACAAGUAGAAACAGAAAAGCCAAACGAAGCGCACUUCAACAAAAUUGUUUACAAAAUGGCCAAGUUAUUUAAGGGGGGGAAGAAGUACUCCAGCCAGAAGAAAAAAACACGAACCCCCCGAAGUGAAAUCGAAAUAACGAAAAAAAGCAUACGCCACACGCUGGAUAUGCUCAUAAGGCUGAAUUGCGGGGAGGACUCCGUUCGGAAGGAUCCAAACUGUGGAGAGAAAAAAAAAACUACCUCCACCUCCGCUCACAGAAGAGAAGAACAAAAUGGAUGCACCUUUCUGCUGAGGAAGAAAAAUGAAGAAAAGAGACUCCUCCUUUUUACACUUAACAUGUUGACCCAAUUUAGUGACCUGACAAAAUAUAAUGACAACAAAUUUGCAAUUUUUAAAAAAAAAAUAGCACAGUGCUUGCAAAACUGUAGGAACAAAAAUCACGUAUACAUAAAUAACUAUAUUAACCUGCUGGACGAUAAUUUCUUGGAGUAUAUUUUCAGCGCGUUGAACGACUUGUGCUUUUUCCUCAUCAAUUUGAAGAAGGAGUUUGUACCCAUUUACAACGAAAGCGGGAAUAUUAAUGUACUGAGUAUACUCAAUGGAAUUAAUAACAUACUAAGUACCUCCAUUAACAACAUUGAAAGUGAGAUAGAGAAAGUAAUUCAUAAACUGGAACACCUGGUUAGUUUGAUCCUCUCUCUCAAGAAUGACAGUUAUGUAAGCUUUGAUGAGGUCACCAUGAGGAAGGUCCAACAGGUUAUGAGAAACAACGCACCUGAGGAUUUGCUAAUUUAUACUGUUUACUUUAGGCUCUACAAAUUGAAGAGCUUAAAAACUAUUCGAAAAAACCUAAGUAAGAAAAUUGUGAAAAAGAGAACUCUCAGUUUGUUCUCCUAUAUGUUUUACCUUUGCUAUGACGAUACGCAAGAUGGGGAAGAAGAGUUGAGGAGGGGCUCCAACGGGAUGAAUAUCACCCAGGGAUGUUCUGGUGGAAGUGCCAUCCUUUCUCAGGAUAAUCCCAAUAAUUGUGAUGAUAAUCACCCCCAUUUGGAUAACCUUGCCAAGGUCAAAAUUGUGAAGACAUUCGAAACGUUGGUUAUCUUUUUAAGGGACUCGAUGGUGGGUGAAUUUCCUGCGCGACUAAACUUGAUAGAUUUCAUUGCCCAUUUGUUUAGGAACUCGGAAAGGAAGAACGAACGGGUGAUGAGCAAUGUGUUUUCAAAUGUGUACAGCUAUAUGAGAAUAUAUUUGCCACUUAUAAAAAAACGAAUCGAAGAUUCUAAGAGAUGUUUUGAUGUCCAGCUGAGGAAGGCUUUAGAAAAAAUGAACUUAGACUUGGUGGACCUGGAGGCAUACAAAUGGUCUAUCAUGAAGUUAAAAAGGAAAAUUGCUUACUUUACCAAGUUGUAUUUUCAGCAGAUUAGUGUCACCUUGGAUAAGCUCAUCGUUCAAAAUGGUCCCUCCUUUGGAUCGGAGGGGAAAAGCGGGAGUCGUGCGAAUGGCGCGAAAGGGGGAAGUCGUGCGAAUGGUGCGAAAGGGGGAAGUCGUGCGAAUGGCGCGAAUCGGGCGAGUUCCACUUUUGCGCACAACGGCAUGGACACGUUGGCAGACCCAUGCGCUGACGAAGUGAGCUCCGAUGUGCACAGCUCAAACGGAUCGUCUUCGCCCGAAGAGGAGAAACAGAAUGGAGCCACUAUCGAUUCAUCGGAAGAGGAUGAAAGGAGAGAAGUUUAUCAGAACAACGCUGCUGCUGCUGAUGAUGAUGAUGGGGGGGAGGACAACACCACCACUACCCCUGCAGGGGAAAGGCAAAACCGGUUCCACGAUCAACUGAACGAAUUGAAAGAAUCCCUAACUAGGCUGAGAAAAAAAGUAAAAACAAAAAAACACUUGGACCAAUUUUUAACCAACAUGGAUCUUCACAACAGCUUUGAAGAUAUCUCCAGAAAUUACGUCGCCGAGGUAAGGAACGUAUUAAAUGUGCAAUGCAAAGAUGCUGGCAUAAAUCAGAAGAAGAGAUGGAUCUACAUACUGAAGCAUUUCCUCAGUAAGAAAUUAAACAUCCCCACCUUGAACAAAUUAGACAAUUUUAAUUUCUUCUCGAGCGUUUUUCAAAAUGAUGUACAGUUUUGUGACAGCACCAUUAGGUGUAGUUUAUUUGCUUUGGAAUAUCGCUGUCCUGAGGAAAUUUUGGCCGAGCUGAAAAAUUGCCUAAAUUAUAUGAUCGAGCAGGAUGACACGUUAAACGAUGAGGAGGUGAAAACUAGAGAGAUGAAGCAAUCGAAUGAGGAGGUGCUCCUCAUGGGAGAGCAAUUACAGAAAGAAGUAAAGAGAAACAGACUGUACACUCUCCACUUUUUAGACGAGAUAAACGACAUUCUAAAUCGUAGUGAAGAAAAAAACGCAGAAAUUUUGCAUCUGACUAUUUAUAUAAAAUCACUAAGUAUGCAUGAAGAUAUGGCAAAUGAUGAGGCGUUGUACUACCUUUUUAAUGCCAUCAUUUGUGAAUACUUUAACUUGAGAAAAGAAGUUAAUAUUUUUUACCGUCAUUUUGUGUGCUACUAUUUACUCGUGACAACACUCUUGUGUGAGAAGAGAUACGGACUGGAUUAUAUUUUUGUCGACUUUGCCAUUUUUGAAAACUUUUUGGAAAAAUGUAACCUGGUGAAGGGUGCACUACUGCAGGUUCUGAGCAGUGGUUUCGGUGCAACAGCGUGUAAGGCGGACCGACAACGAGCUAGCAAUUUCUUCAGAAGUGCACUCAAAUGCGUUUACAAAAUAGCGUACAUCACUCACAGCUCAAACGAGUUCAGAAUAUUUAAUUACUUUAAAAAUAUGUGCACUUCCACCUGGGGGAGAAGGUUAGAAGAAUUGGGUGUCACCCUUCGCGGUAUGAAACUCAGAAUGAACGUCAAUUUUUUGGAGUGCCUUAACACGUGCGUAAAUUUUUUGAGAGAUAACUUGAGUGAAAUUUUUGUCCUGAACGUGGCUCCCUAUUUUAAGGAUAAGAUUCACGUACAAGUGGUGAAAUUAGUUGGUCUCUUUUACCAGAUGAAAGGUGGUUCACCGAUGGUCACAGCGAAUUGUGAGGGGAUAUCAUCCUUCUCCCCCUUUGAAAAGGACCCGAAGCAGUAUUGGGAUAACGCCCCCCCCUCACAGGAAGACCAAGUAGAAAAACUGAACGAUCAAAUGUGCCGUUUCAUAAGCAACAUUGUGCAGAAAAAAUCUAUUAUAUAUAUUAGGGAUUAUCCAGAUUUUCAAAAUAAAAAAAAUGUGAAUGAAAUGUAUUGCAUGAAGGACAUCAUCCAAAUGUACUUUACAUUGCAAACUAAUUAUGGUGUAUUUAGGGGAAGCGAAAAAGAGAGUAAAUCAAUCAAAGUAUUUCAUUAUCUGAACAAAAAUUUGUUUUACUUUACCAAAUGCAUCCUUCUGUAUAUGCUCGAUAUAUUUCUUGGCUUCUCAAACGUGUCUCUUUACUUCCUAAAAGUGUUGAAAAUUUUGUACACGAAGGGGCUCUGCAGGGAAGCUACAAACGGGAAGGAUGCCAUCAAAGAGGCAAAGGAAGAUGAGGAUGUUUUUCACAAGGUGGACUUCCUUCAAGGAAUAGGGUUAGGAGAAGGAAAAGGAAUUAAAAAUAUUUCCAAUCAGGUGGAUAAUGAAGAUUUAGAUAACAUAUACAAUGAAGAAGAAAAAAAUUUUAGUCAAGAUGAUAAUAACGACUUGGAUGAAGAAGCGAUUGAGGCUACCUACAAUUUUGAGAAAUUUUGUGAGAAGGAACUAACAGCAGGUGAGCAGCAGGGCGGUGAGGAUAACUCCUGCAAGUUAGAAAACGAACAGAAUAAUUUGGACAUGGAAAGAAAGGGACAGAGCAAGGAGGAAGAGAGUAAUAACAAUAAUAACAGUAAUAAUAAUAAUAAGCACAACGAGGCGAAUAAGAGGGAUGGCGAAAAAAAUGAGGGAGGGGACAAGGAGGACAACCCACAUGAUGCAAAUGAGCAGCAGCACCCUAUCGAUGAUGUCCUAGAAAAAAAUAAUAGCAACCAGUGGGAUGUAAGUGAGCGCAGCGGCGCGCUGAAGGAUGCAUUGAAGGGGGACGACCAGGGGGAAGUCGACGAGGAAAAGGAAGCGCAUAGCGACGCGGGAGGCGAAGAGGCCGAGAAAGGGAAGGACCCGGAGGAUAACCCAGAUAGGGAAGCGAAAAAACCAGAACAACCUGUAGAAGGGAACCGAACGGAUGAACCCUCCAGUGGAGCCCUGAACGAUCAGAAAAAUGUCCAUAUCGAUAAUGAUGGUGAAGGGGACACGAAUGAAUUUCCAAAGGGAGAACAAAAUGACAGUUGCGAUUUGACCAACGAGCAGCAAGUUGGUAAUCAAAGAGCAGAUCGUCUGGAUGACCUGAUGGGUGGAGGAAAUGAACUGCUAAAUGGAGAGAGCCACGAAAUGAACAACGAAUUUGAGUUUAACUUGGACUCCAAUUUUGAAAUAGAAUCGAGUGACUUUUCCAAAAGCUGCAGCGAAAGGUCCUUUGGGAGCAGGGAGGAAAAUUUCGACGCGCACUCGGAUGAGGAGAUGGGAAAGGAAGACCAAGCUGCUGCUGCGAAAAGGGAAGAACGCGAUGCGAGCCGAAGGAACGAACGUGAAUUUAGCGAACAGGAUACAGGCGAAGUUGACAUCCGCCACGAAGUAGAAGAGUUGGAUGGGAAUGCUUCCCACGAGGGGGAGGCCACAGAACACUCGGAUGACGCGUAUGACGGGGAUCAGUCGGAGAUGGAUCAGGUGGACCAAUUCGAUACGGAUAAGCGUACGAAUGACCGAAGGGGAAAGGGGUUCAAGAGCGGUCAGGUAGAGCCGCAGGAGGGGCAGGAGGACCCCGCUGAAGGAGAAAAGGAGAGCGCGGAUGGCGCAGAUGGCGCGGAGGAGAGGGGCGACGGGACGCUUCCCCCGGAUGAUGAAAAAGUGGAUGAUCAGAGUGGGGACCAAUCUGGGGACCGAACUGAUGACCAAGUGGAUGACCAAAUGGAUGACCAACCUGUGGACGAACCUGUCACCCAACUCGGUGAAGAGCCAGCCGCAGAAGCCUGCAAAGAAACAGAUGCCCCGGAUGAGGCACAAAGUCGCAAUGAGCUGGUUGAGGAGUCAGAAGGGGGGACAGCCAAGGAGGACACACAUAGCAGCGAGGUGAAAGGUGAAAGGAAGCCAACCAGGCCAGGUGAAGAGCGCAACGAACGUAGGGACAAUUUUGGGGAGACUGUCAAAGGGGACAUUAUUACCUCAGAGGAAGAACUUCAAGAUGAGUACCAAAAUGAAAAAACGCGUAAUGCACCCCCAACGGGGCAUAUCGAUUUGGAGAAGGACCACCACGAGAUGGACAAUACUGUACACAAUUUGGAUGACACGGAAAUUAGUAACGAACAGGCGUUCCACAAAUGGGACGAUGCAGAAGCUGAUGUUACAAAUGGGCAGAGCGAAAGGGACGGAAUGGACGGGAGUAGCCGCAGAGGGAAGAGCGACCAGAAGGACAACAACGAUGAUGAAGGGACCGGAGCAAACGAUAUUUCCUUUUCAAUUGACAAAUGCAACAUAUAUACAAAAAAUUUUGUCGACAUAACUAACUUUAUCGAAAAAAUAAAUGAGCGGUUGCUGAACAUGAAUAGGGAGAACGACUCGGUGGAGAAUGAGAAGGCGAGGGAAGAUGCCCAAACGGUGAAAGAAAAUUUUAACAUAACGAAAGAGGAACGUCAUAGAAGUAGGGAUGAGGAAAGCAUGUGUGGAGAGAUGGCUAUGGAUUUUGUCACCACAGGGGAAAUGAAGCCUGUGGAAGGGAUGAGCGAAAGGGAUGGUCAGGAGGUGAAGCCAAAUGAGAAGCAGGAUGAGGACACUGGCGAAGGAAAUGAGGAAAAAAGUAAAUAUUCGAACGAGGCGAAUGCGAAGAGGGCUCCGCGUGAGAGGAAAGACGUGAUCGAUGGGAAGAGCAGAGGAGAUGACUCGGAGGAGGGAGAUAAAGCGGACCCGCUGGAAGGUCAGUUGGAAGGCCAAUUGGAAGGCCAAUUAGAAGACCAAUUUGCGGACCAAUUUGCGGACCAAUUUGCGGACCAAUUUGCGGACCAAUUUGCGGACCAAACGAGCGACUUCCCCUCGACGGACAACGGGUCGAUCGACAAAACCAGAGCAGUUUCCAGGGACCCCUACGAAACAACCUUCGAGGAAGAGGCCAACAACGAUGUGGAAACCGCCGAAAGGGAAAGUAUCCAUUAUUCUGAAGAAAAUUUUCAAGCGAACAAAAAGGAGGAAAAAGAAAACGCAAAAAAGCACGAAGGGUAUUAUAAAGUGCAUCGAAAUGAAAAGGUGCUGGAAAGGGAGUACGCAGAAGACGAGGAUGAGGAAAAUACUGACAGGAAGAAGCUGAACGGUGGAGAGGGAGCAACGGCAUUGACACUCAUUAACCAAGAGGUGACCGCAGAGUAUGAAGAAAUAUAUGACCAAAUAAAUAACGAAACGGAAGUGAUGUCGAGUCAGCUGUGUGAGCAAUUAAAAAUAAUCCUCGAACCGACUGUGCGCAAUAAAUACCAAGGGGAUUACAAGUCUGGAAAAAAAUUAAAUAUAAAAAAAUUAGUAAACUAUUUUGCUAGCGAUUUCCGAAACAAUAAAAUAUGGAAGAGACGAACCAAAUUGAACAAACGAGAUUACAAUGUCGUCAUCGCAAUUGAUAAUACAAAAAGUAUGAAAAUAAAUAACAUACAAAAAAUGACAUUAAAUGCUAUAUUUUUAGUGGCCAAGGCGUUUGAAAAAUUACAAGUGGGAAAAAUUGGCAUAUGUUCCUUUGGAGAAAAUGAUAACGGAAUUAAUGCAAACAAUGUUGUAUGUUCAAUGAGGAAUAGUCUUAAUAAACAGGACUUUUUAAAAAUCUUAAAUCAUUUCCAAUUUAAUCAUGACACGAAGAAUUCUUUUGACAAUGCCAUGCUGAAUGCGCUGAAGAUUUGUAAUUACAUUUUUAAAAAUACGCAUAAUUGCUGUACUUCACAAAAUGGAGGGAAAAAUGUAAUGAGCCAUUUAAUGCUUAUUAUCAGUGAUGGGAGAUUUAACAAGAGUGCUGUCAAAGCGGAGAUUUUCAAAUGCAUACAAAAUAAUUUCAUCCCUGUGUUGAUGAUCAUCGAUACGCAGCUAUCCAAUAAUAAGGCACAGUCCAUUUUCAAUUUGAAACAAACGUUUUACAAAGAUAAUAAGCUGCAUAUUGUUCCCUACCUGCACGACUUCCCCUUUCCGUACUUUGUCGUCGUCAAUGACAUAAAUGAGAUUCCCACGCUCAUGUGUGAUAUUAUAAGGCAAUGGUUUCAGACGCUCAACAGUAGGUAG